CAAAUUCAGAAAAUCGUCAAGGACACGUCCGAACAACUUUUUCCAAUCUUUUCGUUUACGGGAGCAUAAUUUAAUAAAAUUACUUUGAAGGUCAUGGUCAAGGUCAUCAUUAGUCAGUUGGGGCAAAUUUCUAUCAAUCGCGAGAUUCCGUUUUUCCUACAAUUAUUACUUCGCAAAUUAUUGUGGGGUUACGGCGCUUUUCAGACACCCUGUAUAAAAGCGAGGUCGCUCUAGCUGCUGGACUGGGCUCUUGUCUUGUUCCAGCCGUCUCAAGCAUAAUGUAAAACUGCAGCACUGUACGUAAAGGAAAACUGGAAUAAGUGUAUAGCUAUGGUUAUCAUGUUUGGAAAUCUAAUAUAUCUGUCAUGUAUGGAUUUUCCCUUAAGUACAUAUGUUUGGAGUAUUAGUUUAUGAAUGAAUACAUAUUUGACAAUAUUUUUUGUUUUCAUCCAGAUCAAUCCUCUGGUAAUACCAGAAACAUGGUCAAGGCUCUUUAAUUCGCAGGUGAACUCAGCACAAUUAUUUUGCAUAAUUUAAAUCCGAUUUCUAGUAAUAAUAUCAAUAUACGGCCAAUAUAAAAUAUCACAGUAGUUAAAAACCAUAGACGAACACAAUUUUUCCCUAGUUUUACUUUGUUAGCAUAUAGUGAUCUCAGUAUUAAAUAAGUUUUUGACAUAACUGAUUAAUCUAAAUUUGUCAUGCAUUAUUACUUCAACAAUUUGAGAUACAGUUUUACCAGGUAGCUGACUUUUAAUUUCCUCUCUUUUAUGGUCUGAACAAAAAAGAUAGGGCUGGAUCAACUAGGAUUCAUUGAGAUGUUGUGGUUACUCGAGAAUUCAUACACAUUUUGAAUUUCAUGAUUUAUUCAUGCCUGCGCCAUUUCUGUUUCAUCAGAAUCAAAAUGGUGUACCAGUUGAGAGUCGUCCGCGAAAGACCGGAGUUACAGAAACUCACAGUCUCAUUAAGAUUCGCGACAUAUAUAAAAAAACAGGCCCCUGAGGUACUCCAGAUGAGAUUUCUACAAAACUAGGUUUGUUGUUAUCAACUGAUACACACUGCGAUCGAUUUGGUAUCUUAUUUUCUUAUCAACUGCUCUAAGUUUAGGAGGGAAGUACUAGUGCUGAAAGAUUUCCUAAAAGUAGACUGAUUAGAUCGAAUGAUAUGUUCAUCUGCCUCUUCACCUACCUUCGAUAAAAAUCGCAACAGGCUUAUAGAUCACAGAUCAGCAAGCUUAUCUGGAGUUAAUUUUUUUUGGACUGGUACCACAAUUGCUCGCUUCCACUAUUCGGGGAAAAAGGCAAAAAAAAAGGUAGGUGAUGUACCCUUCAGUACCUUUCGCAUCAGGCUUGAAGCUAUAAAUUAUUACGACUAUUUCAUGAGGUUCUAGAAGCCUUACAGAAAAUUUAUUUAUAUAAAAACAUUUUUGUUAUAAUGCUUUAAAACUGGAUUAGGAGCAUUUAUAGAAUCAAAAACUGAUUUGAAGUAAUCAUAUGCAAGGAACGACGGUUUGGAAUACGUGCAGAAGUCUGUGCUUUCAUCCUUUUCAAUUCAUACUACAAUGUCUUCUGGCCAUGCUCUUUUUCCAAGUGAGCAAGGUAUGCCAAUUUUUCUUCUAAUGCACAAUAAUGCAAGGCUUCUAAGUUCCUGAAAAACCUACAAUCUUUUUGGACUUCUAUUUUGUAUAAAUAAUACUCCUGUACACUCCUUUUAAAAAAAAAAUGUGGUAUGAUUCUAAGAGUUGAGUAGAUUGCGAAUAUGAAUUAGUUUGCCUACCUAUGCGAAAUUUUUAUUUUAAAUUUGUUUAUGUGUCUUUGCGUAUACGAGGGUACUUCUACUUAUUCCGUUUGAAUUUUAACUAGUACCAUACUAAGUGUGGUUUACCUCUGUAGUGUUCAAAUGAGGGUUGGCUAUUGUAUCUGGUGGGAUUGAUUUCAUAUCAUGAUGACAGAUUGAAAAAUGAACUGAUUUGAGUAUACGAGCCCCUUCCCACUUCAGUUAGCCCACUUUAAGAUUUGUAUCAAAAUAUGCCUUUAUAAACUAAACACGACGAAACUAUUUACUUCUAAAACAAUUUGUUUUCUCAAAAACAUUUUAGAUACACUCUAGUCGUAAAAAAUACAUAUUUGAAAUCACUUAGACCUAUAACUAAUACAACAUCUGAACAAAUAGACAAUUCGCGAAUAAAUGCGCGAAAGCAACAAUUGAAUUAUUACCAUUGGGUAACAUCACCUUUAUUUUUUAUUACGGCUGAAAUUCUUUGGGCCAUAGUGUUAACCAACUUUUGGCAAAAAUUUGGUGUAAAACAAUCCCAUAUUUCUUGAAGCUUUUGUCUCAGUUUGGUGAUUGUACGAGCAGGAUGUUGUCGUAGAACCUUUUACAUCUCGUGGCUCAAAGUUUCAAUAGGUGACAGAUCUGGACUGCUGGAAACCCAUUUCAAAAGUUGUACAUUAUUUUCUUCCAUCCAUUUUAUACCCUUUUUUGAAGUAUGGCACCAUCCUGCUGAAACACAAAAUCUUGGCCGGAUGUCAAACAUUCUUCCAUCACUGGUAAAAGCGAUUCUUCUAAAAUUGCCAAAUAUUUGUUUGUAUCCACAUUUCCAUCAAUAAAAUGAUGUUGUCCUACUCCUUUUGAUGACCUACUGCCCUAGACCAUAAUGAAUGCUGGAAAUUUCACUUUUCUCUUCAGACAGUCAAUAUGCUUAAUUUUUUUUGCGAAUAACUCUACUGCGACUGUCACCAACACAAACUUCGAAUCGGUCCUCAUCAUUCCAUUGUAUUGCACACCAUUGUUGAGGUGUCCAUUGUCUAUGUUCUACCUUGCAAGUGCUAAAUCCCAGUUUGUGGGCCUCUCUAUGAGUUGUGGACCUCGAAAUUCUCCUUCCAACAGCGUGACUCCACAGAGCACUUAAUUGUAAAUAAUUGGCACGCCUGUUUUUCACGAUUAUUCUUCUUAAUGCUCUU